UUUUCACUCUAGCGUUCUCCGCUUGUAAUAAAGUUUUUCCGUGUGUGGAGCUGAAGAUGGCGGCCAGCUCGGAGCGCAGUCCUCCUCCUUUCCCGGACUCAGAGGAGCCCGAGCUGCUGGAGGACAGUGACGACGGCGCGGAUGCGUUCACGGGCACGUCAAUCUCCGAGAUGGAUUCACUGUCGCCUGACACGACCGGACCUCCUAAAGACAUCUUCAACGAGCCACCAGAAGAUAUCUUCAGCGAUCCUCUUAGCGACAUUAACUCUGAACCCCAGAAGAACCUAAAGAUACAAUCUCCUGGCAGCGAUGAGGCCGUCGACCUGUUCAGCGACCCGCUGGACGAUGAAGCCGAUGUGAUUAGUUCGCCUGAAGUCCAAAAUCCCGUGCCAGAUCUCUUGAAAGCGCCUGUAGAAACGCCAAAGUCUGAUGUCAUCGGUAAAGCACCUAUUGAUAUCAGCAGCAAGCCUGAGCACAAAAACGCCAUUGGAGCCCGACAUCAGGAUAUUUUCGAAGACCCUCCGAAGGGCAGCAGCAAAGGCUCUGACACCAAGAAAGCAGGGAGCGCUGAGCUGUUCGGUGAUGAGGAUGAGGAUGAUGAUGAGGAGGAGGAGGAAGAUCUUUUUAAAGAGCCAUUAAAAGCCAUGACGAAGACCCCUCAGCCUUCAGUGGCGAGUGGGCCACCUAUCAAUGUCUUUACAGAGGUGAAAUCAGAAGUGAAGGUCAAGCCACAUGUUAAAAAGGACCCCACGGAUCUGUUCGCAGAGGAAGCCGUGACGGCACCUGCCACCAAACCUUCCUCAAGCGGCAGCUCCAGGACCAAUGGGGUUCACUCUGAGGAGCAGGAUAUCUUCUCAGAAGCUACAGUGGAGUUGUCUCUGGACAGUCCUCUUAAUGACCGCAAGAAGAAAGAUGCGGUGAAAGCGCCAGCAUCGGCUCCUGCCGCCCCGGUAGCCAGCAGCUCCAGCAAACCUCCGUCCAAAGCCCUGGAGGAGCUGGAGGAAGAAGAAAGUGAGGACAAGUUUGAUCUAAACAUUUCUGUCACAAAUCCAGAGAAAGUUGGUGAUGGUAUGAAUGCUUAUAUGGCCUACAAAGUUUCAACACAGACGUCGUUAACCAUGUUCCGUAGCAAGACGUUUACUGUACGCAGACGUUUCAGUGAUUUCCUGGGAUUGUACGAAAAGCUCUCGGAGAAACACACGCAGAAUGGAUACAUCAUACCUCCACCACCGGAGAAGAGCAUUCUGGGUAUGACAAAAGUCAAAGUCGGGAAGGAGGAUCCAUCGUCAGCAGAGUUUGUGGAGCGGAGGAGAGCUGCUCUAGAGAGGUAUCUUCAGAGGAUUGUAAGUCACCCGUCUCUCCUGCAGGACCCUGAUGUCAGAGAGUUUUUAGAGAAAGAAGAGUUACCCAGAGCAGUCGGCACACAGGCUCUGAGUGGAGCCGGCUUCCUCAAAAUGCUCAACAAAGCCACAGAGGCCGUGAGUAAGAUGACCAUAAAGAUGAACGAACAGGACGUGUGGUUUGAUGAGAAGAUUCAGGAUGUAGAAAAUGAAGAACAGCAGUUGCGGAAACUUCACGUCAUGGUGGAAUCGCUUGUCAAUCACAGGAAAGAGUUGUCUGGGAACACAGCCGUGUUUGCGAAGAGCGUGGCGAUGUUGGGCAGCUCGGAGGAUAACACGGCUCUGUCGCGAGCUCUUUCUCAGCUGGCCGAGGUGGAAGAUCGAAUCGAGCAGCUCCAUCAGGACCAGGCGGCCAACGACUUCUUCACCUUCUCUGAGCUGCUGGCCGAUUAUAUACGACUGCUGGGAGCCGUCAGGGGGUGUUUUGAUCAGAGAAUGAAAGCGUGGCAGCGCUGGCAGGACGCUGAGAACAUGCUGCAGAAAAAAAGAGAGGCCGAGGCCAAACUCCUGUGGGCCAACAAACCCGACAAACUCCAGCAGGCCAAGGACGAGAUCUCUGAGUGGGAGGCAAAGGUCACGCAGUUCGAGAGAGAAUUCGAGAGAAUCUCAUCCACCGUACAGAAAGACGUCAUCCGCUUUGAUAAAGAAAAAGCUCGAGAUUUUAAGAGACAAAUCAUCAAAUAUCUGGAGUCACUGCUGCACUCAGAACAACAGCUGAUAAAAUACUGGGAGGCGUUUUUGCCGGAGGCGAAAGCGAUCGCAUGAGGAUGCGUCCGCGCACACACACACACACACACACACA